AUGCCCGCUGUUAUCUCAGCGCUAGCCGUUGCCCCAGCUCCCGCGGUCACUGACUAUGCAAAUCACUUGGCAGACGCGCCAGUAGAGCUCCCGGAAGGCUUUCCAGAGGUGCUCGAUGGGCCCAUGGCUUGGACUGGCUCUCAGUUUAUGGAUCAGUCAGACUACAUCUACACUCUGAGUGAGUCUGAUUUGCAGGAAACUGAGAAUGCCCUGUGGUACUUUAAAACACGAGGACUUGACGGGGAUCUUAUCUCUCGAGACAACUUCCCUCUUCCCAUCCUAGGCUCCCGACUUGACAAAAUUCGACGAGAUAUUUAUCAUGGCAAAGGCUUUGGUCUCAUCCGUGGGCUCGACCCACAGAAAUACUCAACUGAGGAUCUUACUCUGCUUUAUCUUGGCAUCCAGUCGUACAUUGCUAAUCGCAAUGGUCGGCAGGAUGGAAAAGGCAAUAUGCUAGUUCACAUUACUGCCGAUAGCUCAUCCAAGCUCAAGGCUGGGCAUCAUCGUCACUCCACGGCGUCUAUCACUUUUCAUAAUGAAGAAGCUGGUGACGUCAUUAGCUGGCUCACACGGAGCACUGCUGCGGCGGGAGGUAAGUGCAUCAUUGCAUCGGCCUACACUGUCUACAACCUCUUGGCUGCGAGUCGACCCGAUUUGAUCAACGCGCUCGCUCAAUCUGAUUGGCCGUUCACUAUGCCCCAUUUCCAGCACAGGCCCGUCCUGUUCCAUCACGAGGGAAAGGUCAUCAUCAACCUCAAUCGAGUAGCGUUAACGGGAAGUGCUGUUCAUCCGCGCUCUUCAAGCCUUCCAUGCGUUAGUCCACGCCAGCUCGAAGCCCUUGAUGCGAUAGAGAGCAUUGCCGAGGCGGUGCAGCUCGAGAUCGGCACCCAGGCCGGUGACAUGCAUUUCGUCAACAAUCUGACUAUCCUGCACCGACGGGAAGGAUUCGUCAACGGCAAAACCAUAGACGAACGACGACACUUGGUCCGGAUGAGACUUCGGGACGAUGACCUCAGUUGGAAGCUCCCUGAAGAUUUGAGACAAGAAUGGUCAGCUGCGUUCGACGAGACAGCGCCCAAAAUUUGGCAUCUUGAACCUAUGCCGGACGGCUUCUUUCCACUCAGAUCACAAGCCAACUGA